GAGAGAGACGGCUGACAACCAAGGACAGGACACAAGAGGAGGGGUGAAGCAGUGCUAGUUGUUUUUUCUCAGGAUCUCAUUAGCACAGCAUUGUGUUCGUCACAGAGAGGUGACAGCGGGCGCUACCUGCUGAUAGCAGCUCAGCUGCUGCUGUUGUUGCUGCUACUGGAGGGAAACUACAACUAGAGGGGGACACUCACCAGGGAGCUGCAGUCAUGGCCAGCCAGCAGGACUCAGGCUUCUUUGAAAUCAGCAUCAAAUCCUUGCUGAAGUCAUGGAGCAGCACGUCGCCCUUGGGGAACGGAUACAGUAAAUCCCCCAACCCUCCAAUCUGUUGUCCUCAGGGAGAGAAAGGUCCUCUGGCCAUGAUGCCCAUCACCAUUGAUCCAGAGAGCAAGCCAGGCGAAUAUGUCCUCAAGAGCCUGUUUGCCAACUUCACCACCAUGUCAGAGCGCAAGAUCCGCAUCAUCAUGGCUGAGCCACUGGAAAAGCCAUUAACAAAAUCAUUACAGAGGGGAGAGGAUCCUCAGUUUGACCAAUUGAUAAACACCAUGAGCUCUUUGGCUGAGUUCUGCCUCCCCUCCAUCCUGCGCACUUUGUUUGACUGGCACAAAAGACAAAAUGGACUAGAAGAGGAGUCGUAUGAGUACCGGCCAAGAGCUAACACCAAGUCCAGAAAUGAUGAGCAGCAGAAAGAUUAUCUACUUGAAAGGAGAGAUUUGGCCAUUGACUUCAUCUUCUCUCUUGUACUUAUAGAAGUUUUGAAGCAGAUGCCGCUCCACCCAGUCCUUGACAGUUUGGUCAAUGAAGUAAUUAACUUAGCCUUUAAGCACUUUACAUACAAAGAGGGGUAUCAUGGUCCUAACACUGGCAACAUGCACACUGUAGCAGAUCUUUAUGCUGAAGUCAUAGGAGUAUUAGCUCAGUCAAAGUUUCCUGCUGUGAAGAAGAUGUUCAUGACAGAGCUAAAGGAGCUGCGGCAGAAAGAGCAGACUCCAUAUGUAGUCCAGAAUACCAUUAGUCUCAUCAUGGGGGUCAAGUUCUUCCGAAUAAAGAUGUAUCCUGUUGAGGACUUUGAAGCCUCCUUUCAGUUCAUGCAGCUUUGGCAUGCCGUUUGUGGAUUACAUUCAGUUUUGACCAUACAGUAUCAAGUCUAUGUAUCUCUUGGUAUUCUAAUCAAGGAUAAGGACAUUAAGCAUGCCUUGGCAGGUCUCUUUGUUGAAAUUUUGGUUCCUGUUGCAGCAGCUGUGAAGAACGAGGUGAACGUACCUUGCUUGCGCAACUAUGUGGACAGCUUGUACGACACUACCCUGGACUUGUCCUCCAGAAAGAAGCACUCGCUGGCUUUUUACCCCUUGGUGACAUGCCUGCUAUGUGUCAGCCAGAAACAGUUCUUCCUCAGCAGAUGGCAUGUCUUCCUCAACAACUGCCUGUCAAAUCUGAAGAGUAGAGACCCUAAAAUGGCUCGUGUUGCCCUGGAGUCCCUGUAUCGACUACUGUGGGUCUACAUGAUCCGAAUCAAGUGUGAGAGCAACACUGCAACACAGGGUCGCCUCAACACCAUUGUAACAACACUUUUCCCAAAAGGAUCUCGAAGUGUGGUUCCAAGAGACAUGCCUCUCAAUAUCUUUGUCAAAAUCAUCCAGUUUAUCGCACAGGAGAAACUUGACUAUGCCAUGAAAGAAAUUAUCUUUGACCUUCUUGGUGUUGCAAAACCUGCAAAAGCCUUCAGUCUUAAUCCAGAGAGAAUGAAUAUUGGGCUGAGAGCAUUCCUGGUCAUAGCCAAUAAACUGCAGCAAAAGGACGGCGAACCACCCAUGCCUACCACCGGUUGCAAUUUGCCCUCUGGAAAUACACUUCGAGUGAAGAAGACGUACCUGAGCAAAACACUGACAGAUGAGGAGGCCAAAGUCAUUGGGAUGUCACAGUAUUAUUUUCAUGUGCGGAAGGCUCUUGACAACAUCCUCAGACAACUAGACAAGGAGGUGGGACGCUGCAUGAUGAUGACUAAUGCUCAGAUGCUGAACAAAGAGCCUGAAGACAUGAUCACAGGUGAAAGGAAGCCCAAGAUCGACUUGUUUAGGACAUGUGUGGCUGCCAUUCCUCGCAUCCUGCCCGACGGGAUGUCCAAAGCAGAGCUCAUAGACCUGCUUUCUCGAUUGACAAUCCACAUGGAUGACGAGCUUCGACUCAUAGCCCAGAAUUCCUUGCAAAGUCUGCUGGUAGAUUUCUCUGACUGGCGUGACAAUGUGCUGUUUGGAUUCACUAACUUCCUGUUACGUGAGGUCCAGGACACCCAUCAAGGAUUGUUAGAUACAUCCCUCAGGUUACUGCUGCAACUGCUCACCCAGUGGAAAUUAACCCAGACUGCCUCAGGGAAGAGCUGUGACACUGCUAAGACAGACACUGCCGAGCUGCUUCAGACCAGUUCAAGUCUCAACACAUCUGCAGAGCGAAGUCUUUACUCUAUUGCACUGCAUGCUGUUGAGGGCCUGGCGCUUGUAGUGCUCUGCUCUUGUCAGCUGAGUACUCGCAGAGUUGCUAUCUCUAUCCUCAGAGAGAUACGAAGUAUCUUUAUCACCACUGGACAGUCUGAGGAUGAUGACAAACCAAUGAUAGAGAUUAUGGACCAGCUCAGCCCUGGAAUCCUGGAAUGUUUUGUCAACAUUGCAGUCUCUGACACAGCGGCACUGCCAGCUCGUCACCACGUAGACCUUCAGUGGCUUGUGGAGUGGAGCGCGCUGCUCGUCAACAGUCAUUACGACAUUAGGAGCCCCUCACACGUGUGGAUCUUUGCCCAGUCUGUGAAAGACCCAUGGGUCUUGUGUGUAUACAGCCUCCUCCGACAGGACAAUCUGCCCAAGCACUGCCCCACAGCCCUCAGCUAUGCCUGGUCCUAUGCCUUCACUCGAAUGCAGACCCUCAUGCCCCUGGUAGACCCAAAUAACCCAGUGUAUGCAAAGAAGACCGGCACCUCUGGCAAUGGGGACAAUUACAUAACCUUGUGGAGAAACUACCUGAUCCUUUGCUUUGGGGUGGCCAAGCCCAGUAUCAUAAGCCCCAGCCACCUGACCCCUGACAGUGGUGUCGGCUACGAUAACAAGGUUAUCGGGAGCCCAUCUGUGACUUGGCUUCUAAAGCAGUUGGUUCCACUGAUGAGGGCAGAGAACAUCGAGUUGACAGAGUCAUUAGUUCUGGGCUUUGGUCGCACAAAUUCACUUAUAUUCAGGGAACUUAUGGAGGAGUUACAUCCUCUAAUGAAAGAGGCAUUAGAAAGAAGAGCUGAGAACAAGAAGAAGCGUGAGCGGCGAGACCUGCUGAGACUGCAGCUGCUACGGAUCUUUGAGCUGCUGGCUGAUGCAGGAGUCAUCAGUGACAGUACAAAUGGAGCUUUGGAACGUGACACCCUCGCCCUUGGCACACUGUUCCUGGAGUAUGUGGAUAUGACCCGUAUGCUUCUGGAAGCUGAGAAUGACAAAGAUGCAGAAAUCCUCAAGGAUAUCCGAGCUCACUUCAGUGCCAUGGUGGCCAACCUCAUCCAGUGUGUACCAGUGCACCACAGGCGCUUUCUGUUUCCACAGCAGAGCCUGCGACAUCACCUCUUCCUCCUCUUCAGUCAGUGGGCCGGCCCUUUCAGCAUCGUGUUCACCCCACUGGACCGCUACAGUAACAGGAAUCACAAGAUCACAAGAUAUCAGUAUUGUGCCCUAAAGGCCAUGUCCGCUGUGCUGUGCUGUGGGCCUGUGUUUGAUAGUGUUGGCCUCUCUCCAGAUGGAUACCUCUAUAAGUGGCUUGAUAAUAUACUAGCCUGCCAGGAUCCACGGGUCCAUCAUCUUGGCUGUGAGGUUGUCAUCCUGCUCCUGGAGCUCAAUCCUGACCAGGUUAAUCUAUUCAACUGGGCUGUGGAUCGCUGUUACACAGGCUCCUACGAGCUCGCCUCAGGCUGCUUCAAAGCCAUUGCUGCAGUCUCAAUCUUUCUUAGCAAAAACUGCCCAAGUGAUAUCAUAACGCCGCUGAACCUGGUGCUCUUCAAGGCAUCAGACACCAGCAGAGAUAUCUAUGAAAUCUCAAUGCAGCUAAUGCAGAUUCUUGAAGCUAGGUUGUUUGUAUGCUCUAAGAGGAUUGCAGGGCAGAGGUCAAACAGCGUCCUCUACGGCACUCAUUGUCCACUGCCACCUCUGUACAGUGUCUCCCUGCCUCAGCUCUCUAGCCAGCUGGCCAGGAUGUAUCCUGAGCUCACACUUCCUCUGUUUUCAGAGGUUAGCCAGAGGUUCCCUACCACUCAUCCCAGUGGGAGGCAGAUCAUGCUAACCUACCUCUUGCCCUGGCUUGGUAACAUCGAGCUGGUGGAUAGUGGCCUGCUGCUCCCAGUCUUCACACCGUGUACCCCAGAUUAUGAUGCUUCAAGUCGGACGACCAGCGCCAGUUCAUCACACCAUCUGAAAGGCAGUGGCUGGGGGUCCUUACAAGCCACAUCCAUGGUUCUCAAUAACCUCAUGUUCAUGACAGCCAAGUAUGGAGACGACCUGCCUGGGCCAGAGAUGGAAAAUGCGUGGAAUGCUUUGGUCAGCAAUGAGAAGUGGACCAGCAAUCUGAGAACCAUGUUGCAGUUUCUCAUCAGCUUAUGUGGUGUCAGCAGUGACACCAGCCUUCUGUCAUAUAUCAAGAAGGUGGUGAUCUAUCUGUGCCGGAAUAGCACCAUACAAACCAUGGAGGAGUUGAUAUUUGAGUUACAACAAACGGAUCCAGUCAACCCUGUUGUGCAGCACUGUGAUAGCCCUCCUUUCUAUCGCUUCACUGCCACAAGCAAGGCCUUCACAGCAGCUUCAGGCACCACAUCGAGUAACAGUACUGUUGUGGCUGGCCAGGAGAGCUUUCCUGACACAGAUGAUACCAAGACUGUGAAAGAGAAUCAGGAGAGGCUUUGCCACAUAAUGCGAGCACACAACCGCCUAGAAUCCCAUUACAGUAACAGCUCAGGAGGAUCCUACGAUGUUGAUAAGAAUGAACCUCUGCUCCUCUAUGCUGAUUGGCUGACGGUUGUUAUUGAGACCAACCAGCCCCAUCCUCUUCCCAUGCCUCUGAAUGGAGGGUGCUGGGCUCCACUAGUGGACUUUUUGCCAGAGACCAUCACUCCUAGAGGACCAUUACACAGGUGUAAUAUAGCAGUUAUCUUCAUGUCAGAGUUGGUGGUGGACCACAGUGUGAGAGAGGACUGGGCUGUGCACCUGCCUUUACUGCUUCAUGCCCUGUUUUUGGGUAUGGAUCACUAUCGCCCAGAGGUGUCUGAGCACAGCAAAUGUCUCCUUCUUCACCUGCUCAUCUCAUUGUCCUGUAACAGUAACUUCCAAGCUAUUGCCUCAGUCUUACUGCAAACACAUGAGAUGAACAGCACAAAGACACUCACCUGCAAGCCAGGUCUUCAGUCAGAGUAUUUGUCUUCAGGAGGUUUUGAAUUGCUGCGGGAAUGUCAGUCAUCCCCUGUGCCAGAUUCUGGUCUGAGUUCUUCUUCUACAUCAUCCAGUCUGAGCCUGGGAGGUAGCAGCAACAACCUGCUUGAGAUCUCACAGGAAGUGGAGGAGCUGGUGGCCACCAAUAAAAUGGGCCAGAAGACUAACAAGCUCAUUGAGUUUUUAACCACAAGAGCACGUGGACCACUGUGGUGCUAUGAAGACAUUUCACCAAAGAACCAAAUUUCAAAAAGCACUGGGCAGCUGACGAACUUCCUGCAACAUGUAAUAUCCGUGUUCAAAGAGUCCAAAUCAGAUUUCUACCUCGAGCAGCAGCUCAGUGACGUGGCACUACAAACCGCCUUGUGUAGUUCGUCACGUCACUAUGCCAGCCGUUCCUUCCAGGUGUUUCGAGCCCUCCGCCAGUCCAUCUCCGCCCACGCUGUGUCCAGACUGCUUUCAAGGCUGGUGGAGGUUAUCGGUGAAAAUGGAGAAGACGUGCAGGGCUAUGUGAUGGAAGUAUUACUUACACUGGAAUCUGUGGUGGAUAACUUGGCUGAAGGUCUCAAGAGCCAUGAUCUCACAGCUAUUUUGACAAGAGCCUCAUCUCCAGAUUUCCUGACCCCUCUCAAGCUGCUGUCCAACAGGAAGAGCACAGGGCAGCUCAGUCUUCUAAGAAAUGAGAAGAGCACACAUCAGAGGAGCUCUUCUGUUCCAAAAAAGCUUGGAGAGGCAGACAGGUGGUCUGAUCCACCUCACAGUGUUACAAUGAACCGUAUCCAAGCCUGUGAACAGCAGCUUUUGUCAGCCAAGACCUGCAGCUCAUCCAUGUCCAAAGACAGCAUCACUGACCCAACCAACAUCAACCAUCCCAACAACCUGUUGGCCACCGUGUUCUGGGUGGCAGUGUCACUGAUGGAGUCAGACGUUGAGUUUGAGUAUCAGAUGUCAUUGAGACUGUUGAAUAAGCUGCUGCACUACAUGCCACUAGACAAACAGGAGAACAGGGAGAAGCUGGAAAAACUGCAAAGUCAGUUGAAUUGGAGUGGCUUCACUGGGCUGCAGCAACUGCUGCUGAAAGGAUUCACCUCCGUGUCCACCACUGACCUCACGCUCCAACUCUUCUGCCAACUCACACCUGUAUCACAAGUGCCUGUAGUGGACACGUCACAAGUCAUAGGUUUUCCCUUGAAUGUUCUCUGCCUGCUCCCACAUCUUGUGCAGAACUUUGAUCACCCCACACCAUUCUGUAAAGCUGCUGCUGACAGGAUAGCCCAGGUUUGCCUUGAGGAGAAGCACGCCAAGCUCUCUAACCUUGCUCAUGUCAUGACUGUUUAUAAAACACACUCCUACACACGAGACUGCUUCUCUUGGGUCAGUGUGGUGUGUCGAUAUCUUCACGAAGCUUUCUCCAAUAUUACCCUCAACCUGGUCAUUUACAUGGCAGAGCUGCUGGAGAAAGGUCUCCCCAGUAUGCAGCAGACUCUUUUACAAAUCAUCUACAGCCUCCUGUAUCACAUGGACCUGAGUGGAAUUCAAGCCAAACCUUUCAACAUGGAGGUGCUUAAGACGAUUGAGAAAUUUGUCCAGACUAUCCAUUGGAGAGAAGCACUCAAUAUCCUGAAGCUGGUGGUUUCUCGAUCAGCCAGUUUGGUGCAGCCUUCAUCCACACAAAGUGAUCUCUCCUAUGAAGACAUCAGCCGUGUCUGGAAUUGCUCCUCCAAGGCAUUGCCUGGGAAAACUCUGGAUUUCCACUUUGACAUAUCUGAGACACCGGUGAUUGGCCGCCGUUACGAUGGCUUGCAGCGCUCUGCAGGCCAAGAUGUGAAGAGCAGGACCAGAGCACUGACACUGAGCACCUCAUCUACCUCUUCUGGAUCCACUUCCAAUAACGUCCUGGUGCCAGUCAGCUGGAAGAGGCCUCAGUCUUCACAGAAAAGAACACAGGAGAAACUGGUGAAUGUUUUGUCUUUGUGUGGACAAGAAGUGGGGCUCACAAAAAAUCCCUCAGUAAUCUUCUCCAGUUGUGGGGAGCUGGACCUUGUGGAGCACCAGCCCAGCCUGGUGUCCUCUGAUGAUGGGACUCGGGAACCAGACAUCGCGGAUGAUACCACCUCAGAGCAGCAGUUCAGAGUCUUUAGAGACUUUGAUUUCUUGGAUGUGGAGCUUGAAGAUGGAGAGGGAGAGACUACAGACAACUUCAAUUGGGGUGUGCGUAGACGCUCCAUGGAUAGUCUUGACCGAAAUGACCUGCAACAGGAGAGUCAGCUGUCCAGCAGCAUGCUCAUCCUCAGCAAGAUCCCCCAUGAAGACUCAGACGACUCGUCUGAGGAGGAUUCUCUUACUGCCAGCCAGUUACUAUCCCGCUCACAGCUUACUGUCAACCUCUCUCCUACAUCAGAAAUCAGUAACAUGGACUCUCCUUCUGUUUUUGAUACAACUUCAACUGAUUCAACUUCUCUGAACACCAAAAAUCCUCGUUUCGAGGUCCAAGUGCCAGAGGACUCGAAACAGCGGCAUGAGGUGUCACAAGAAGAUGAAUAUACCAGUGUCCAUGAGAAUGACGUCUCUCUCACCAUCAUCGAAUUGCCCCUUGAAUUUCACUGCGGUGACACGUUGACAAUGGACAUGAUUCAUCAGGAAUAUAAAGAAGAACUGGCCCUUGACAGCUGCUUGCCCAGCCUCACUGAAGAGGAGAAAGACGACAUGCUGGAAUCCCAUUCUUCCCCACCGCCAUCGCCCUUCUUCUCUGCCAUCCUCGCAGCUUUCCAACCAGCAAUAUAUGAUGAUGUUGAGGAGGCUUGGCGAAGUCACAUCAACCAGCUUGUGUCUGACACGGAUGGAUCCUGUGCAGUCUACACGUUCCAUGUGUUUUCUUCAUUGUUUCAGAGCAUGCAGACCAAAUUUUGUUCCUUGACUUAUGAUGCUGUGAGUUACCUCAAUGACAGAUUGAAGGGAUUAGGAUCCCAGUUUAUGAGGUCUUCCCAGAUGCUGACAUCCUGUUCAGAAUGCCCAACACUAUUUAUUGAUGCAGACACAAUUUUGUCUUAUGGACUCUUGGAAAAAAUGAAAUUCAGCGUACUGGAACUUCAAGAGUAUCUUGAUACUUACAACAACAGAAAGGAGGCAGUUCUCUCUUGGUUGAGCAAGUAUAAGGCCACCUUUCCCAGGAGUGCUGGGUCCACAGUGGUAACAUGUCAACCAGCAGAGCAUGACGAAGAGCAACUGGAGCUCUGUCAGAGACUCUACAAACUCCACUUUCAGCUGCUGCUGCUUUUUCAGUCCUACUGUAAACUUAUUGAACAGGUUCAUGCAAUAAGCUUCAUUCCUGAGCUGACUAAUAUGUCCAGAGAGCUAAAUGAGUUAAAGUGCAACCUGAGGGUAGCAGCAGCCUCAGUGACAGAUGAUCAGACUGCUGCCUGUGAGAGCUGCUGCUCUGAGCCCACCUUGACCUCUUCUGAGGCUGCUGUGCAGGCCAUCCUGGAGGGUCUGAAGAACAAAGAGUUUCCACUAGCCAUCCGCUAUAUUCGUGAGUGCAGAGCAGUGUGGCCGAAUGACAUCUUUGGCAGCCAGUCUGAGGAUGAGAUCCAGACCUUACUGAAUAUCUACUUCAGACAUCAGUCUUUGGGUCAAACAGGAACCUUUGCUCUGGUUGGCUCAAAGCAGGACCUGACAGAAAUCUCUUCCAAGUUGAUGGAGCUUAAUGGAGAGAUGCGAGACAUGAUUCGACGAGCCCAGGGCUACCAAGCUAUCACAGCCUUUCUCCCAGACUCUAGAGUUUCAGGUUCAACUCUUUGAUAGCGGUCUGGCAGUGUGUGACACCUGUACCUGCACAGCACUCUGUGCCAUGCCUAGCCUCUGGUCCUGUCUCGGGUUGCUGCUAUCAACUCAGUGGUCAACAAGCACUCUUUUUUUGAGUACACCAAAAUGUCAAAAAGUUACAUCUUCAGACAUGCAGCAGUGCUGUCUGAUAAAUGAGCGAAUUUUCUGUUGUAAAGAAAUGUAGGCUUUUAUUGCACUAAUAAUAGAAACUGUCAUAAAGCAAAGCAAGCAUUUGCUACCGAGGUCAACAGCUUUCACUUUUGAUAAAUGGCAUACCAAAGCUAACUGAUUCUCUUUCAGUUAUAUUAUUUUAAUUGUCAAGGGAAAAUGUGCAAUCCUUGAAAGACCUUUAUUGUAACUUAAAAGAAUGUAUUUAACUAUCAUAGCAUUGGAAAACAUGAACAUUAUCAAUAAGAAAAAAGGGAAGUUUCUUUUUUUGUUCAAAGUAGUGGGCCUUAUGUGUUUUUGUCUGUGGGUGCUUGAGUGUGUGAAUUUAAACCUGAUGACUAUCAUAGAAGAGAUUAUGGAUAGUGAUUUACGCAAGUUGUACACAAUAAACUACUUUAACAUGCUGCAAAUCUACUGUAAUAUCUCCCAAACCUACAUGCUGCUGUGUAGGUUAUCUGUUACUUAAAACAACUUACUGUAACUUUUAAUUGUGCAGCUUUUAGCAUUUACAGUAGAUAAAUUAUUUAUAUUAUUUGCACAAGAAAACAUGCUUUUGUCAGAGAGGAUUUACAGAAAACUUAUUUUAUCUCAUCUUUUAAAUCUGCCAAGGAUGCAAAUUCUAUGUACUAUAAGGUCUAGUCGUUAUAUUUAUGAACAAACACAAACUAUUUUAAUUGAAUUGUACAUAGUACAAUGGGAGCUUUGCUCAGACUCAUAAUAUUGUAUUUUUUAUGAACUUACAAUUUGAGUUGCAAGUAGAGUGGAAGAGACAGCAAUAUAUUUAUCAAGCUUCGCAACAAACUGUAGGUGUAGCCUUUGGCCUUGUAAAUACUGCUGCCUUUGCAAUGUACUGUACCUGUAACAAUAAAGUGUUAACUAUGA